AUGCAAUUAGAAAUUUAUAAAGAAAGAACAUCAUCAAAUGAAAAUACUCAGUAAAACAAAGCUGUAGAAACAUUACAAUCUUUGGUACAAUAUAUAAAUGAUCUCACAGAAAUUGUUAAUGAAAUUAAAGUUAAGAAUUAAGCAGAGUUUAUUAUUGCAUAUUAAAGCCAUAUGAAAAAAAUUAAGGCAGAAUUGAAAGAAUUAAAAAGCAAAACAGAAGAAUAGCAAAAUAAUCUUGAACUAAAUCAAGUUAAAAUAACUUCAAAUGACAAUGAAUUGGUAAAUUUUUAAAUGGUAUUUUCUAAUAGACAUUAUUUAGAGAAGAAUGCCUUAAAUUAUAUGAGAAAAUUGAGUAAAAAAAUAAAGAGAAUCAAGAACUCAAAUUUUAGCUGUAGGAAUCAAAAAAAACAAAUGACUUUCUAGAAUAAUAAAUUAAAGGAUUGAUGAAGAAACUCAAAUAAUCAGAAAUUGAAAAAGAAUAAUAGCCUACACCCUUAUUAGAAUAGACCUUCUGUACCACUACUCCAGCUAAUUAAUUUAGUAUUGCUUUUUUGUAAAUAUAAUAGAGAUUCCAAGAAGAAAACUGACAGACUACAAUUCAAAAUUAGAUCCUUCUUCAUCGAUAUCUAAAUAUCAUUAUUCUUCGAUUAGAGAAAUGUUUUCUAUUGAAGAAUGCAACAAUAGCCAUUCAAAAUAUGAUGAAAUAAUUGAAAGGAUUACUAAGUAAUUUUAUUCAAAUAUAAUAAGAUAUGUUACAUAAAUUGAACAAAAGUAUUUAAAGUAAAUUCAAAAUUUGAAUGCAAAAGUUAACAAUUUAUUAAUUUCUCAAAACAAGAAAAGUGUUAUUCGUAGCGAUCUUGAAUCCUUCUUUUUAGACUGUGUAGAAACUGUUCGAAGAGAUAUUUUAAAAAAAAAGCGACCUUUUGGAAAUACUUAGUGGUAAUAGAAUUAAAUUGAGAUGAUUUCAGACUUUUCUUAAUUUCAUAAGGAAGAUAAACUAAAAAUACUAGAACUUGUAGUUAGCAAUGAAAAAAUCUUAGUCUUUUUAUAUUAAAAAUUAUUUCCAAAUCAUGUUAAUUUAGUCAUAAAAUCAAUACGUGAGGACAUCAAUAUAAAUAACUUUUUAGAACAAAGUGUUAAAUGUGAUUUAUCAAAAAGCAAUCAUCAUUAAUCUGGUGACUAUAAAGUAGAGGUACCAAAAACAACCAGAGAAGUUCGUUCAGCAUCAAUGAGCAAAUAGUUAGAAGUAAAACGAGGAAAACUAUUAUUUAGAUAAUAUUGA